CAAUAUCCAGCUUCAUGCAGACGUUCAGAGGACGCCCCCUGUGAGCAGCGACGGAGCCUGGCGCCUGCCUGCACCAGAGCUCAAGCAAGGGAGCGGCUGGAACCAGCGAGCAGAAUGGCCUGUGGCCUGCUUGCAGGGGCUAGAGGCUCGGAAAGGAGCCAGCACUGCUGGGACUCGGGGCCCUGUGUGAGUUGGGGGGCUCUCAUGAAUUGCCCCAAUGCCCAGCAAGCCGCUGGCUGGCGGCUGUGCAUGCUCAGAGCGCCCAGGCACCAUCACACAGUUUCCAUGAAGCUGCCUCCUCCUCUCCAGCGUAAGCACGUAGGCUGGAGUGUGGUGAUGGCGCGGUGACACGCAGGCUAUUUUAGGUGCUGGGGCAGAUAAGAUCUCCUGCACUGCAGCCGGGAGCUGAGCAGCCCUGCGCAGCAUUCACAGCCCAGCCUACCGACUUGUUUGGAACCAGCCCACUGUUUUUCCAUUGACAGGGGAUUAUCGCUGCCCUGAGCCCGGGGCAAUGCUAUCCAUGAGUCAGGAGUACUAUGUCCGUGCCUCCAGCCUGCCCCUUCCUCCCCACUGACUCCAGCCCCAUGCCUGGAGAGCUUGGCGUGUGCGUUACAGUGGAGGCUCUGCACCCAGAGUGCCCUGCUUCAGGCCAGAGCUGGGGGCCGGACCAAAGCACGAGGGGACUAUCAGACAGGCAGGAGGGCUCAGACACGGAAUCCAGUUAGGGAGCGAGCUGUUAGCGGGUAAUAAAUGGGUAAUUGACCCCAAGCGCCCAAGGCCAGCUGGUCCAGGGGUCUUCACGCUGCCCUGCCUGGCGCUGCACAGAGCGGCUGACCCCUGUGCCAAGCCAGCGUGGAGCACAGGAGUGAGGGGAGGCCGCUCAAGGAGCAUUUCCACCUGCUUUGCAUGGAGGCCAGAAGGAGCCAAUCAGCAGCCUGGCUCUCUGGGCCCUCCCUGGGCUUUCCUGCUUGGGCAGGCAGACUGGACUGGUGAGGAGCCAAGGGGCUAAAUGCCUGGCGGGUUAUUUUAUACCCGCACCAGGAAACAAAGGGGCUGUUUGAAACUUGUGGGUAUAGGUUCAAAUGCCUUUACAUGAGUGGGUUUGUUCAGAUGUCUGUACCUGUACUGGGGGGAGGGGUUCAGUCACACAUGGGGGAGUUCAGAUGUGUGUACCUGUACGGGGGGGGGGGGUUCAGAUGGGCUUGCCUGUAGAUGUGUGUGUGUUUAAACCCCCAGUCCAGUCCUGGGAAGGAAUUCACCAGCUUGCUGGCGCCGACGGCUCCAGGCCAGCCAUGUUCUCAAGGCUGGCUCCAGAGGAAGGGGUGUCUUGCCCCUGCACCCUUCCCCAGUAACCCCAGCCAGCAUCAGCAGAUAUGGGUCUGGUCCCAUUCACAGGGACACCUGCCCCAUGGAAACAGGAUGCUGUAAGCAGCUGCUCUCUGAGCAGAAACAGAAACCAGCGCGCCAGCCUCCUCUCCAGCACUUGCGCACAUCACAGGAAAUGUGAACAGGUCGUGGCUCAGAGGCCCCAGCCAGCUCCCUCCUGUCACCCACCUCACACUUAGCAAUAAGCUAAGCAGAAGUUUCUAGUACCAGAGGACAGCGACACCCAGGAGAGAGAGACAGGCUUGCUGCCAGGGGGGUUCUGAACAGCAUAAUCCAGCAGCUGGGAGAGCCUGCAGUGGUGGGCUCUGCACUGCACAGGGGAGCCACCAGCUCGGAGAGCCUGUUGUGGUGGGCUCAGAGGAAUCCUAGUGCCUCCCUGUGUGCAGGUGGAUUUUGCCCAGCACUGGAGUGACUCCUGCUCUAGGCAGCCUGCCAUAGCAGGAGGGGCGCCACUGCAGACUCUGCACAGCAUCUGCCAAGCUCUGAGGAGCCCCGUUGCAUCUUUGUUGAGAUGAGAGUCAACUUUCUCUCCCUGCUGCAGAAGGUCAGAGCUGUUUGCUGAGGCCCUGCUGGUGCCCGGGAAUGAUGGGAAGUUUGCCCAGCAGGAUGAAGCAGCUUAUCAUUCAGUCCAGCCCAGCUGCUGCCAUGCAGGCCACUGCCCCCCUGCAGACAGGUCUGAACAGCUACAUGGCAGUUGCCUUGUGCUCUUUCCCCGCGGGUGGGGAGGUGGAGGCCGUCCUGCAACCAGGAGAGCAGCUGAACAUCCUCUCUGAGGAUGGGGAAUGGUGGAACGUGGUGUCGCUAGCCACCGGCAAGGAGUGUUCGGUCCCCAGCAGCCACGUGGCGAAGGUGUGGCACAGGUGGCUGUACGAGGGCGUUAGCCUGGAGAAAGCCGAGGAACUGCUGCUUCUGCCAUGCAACCGCAGCGGUUCCUUCCUGAUCCGAGAGAGCCAGACCAGGCAAGGCUGCUACUCCUUGUCGGUCAGGCACACCAACCACUUCUCCUGGGACUCCAUCAAACAUUAUCGCAUCAACCGCCUGGAGAACGGCUGGCUCUACAUCGCCCCACGCCUCACCUUCCCCAGCCUGCAGGCGCUGGUGGACUAUUACUCCGAAAUCGGGGAUGGGUUGUGCUGCCUCCUCAAGGAGCCGUGCUUCAUCCAAGGAGCAGUUCGAGCCCCAGCCCAGAACCUGGCGCUGCCUGUAGUCAUCAACAAAUCGGCUCUCAACUGGCAGGAGCUCGACAGCUCGACCCUGUUUUCGGAGGCUCCGCCCACAGAGGGGGAGUCCCCACUCAGCCUGGGCCUACGGGAAGCCAUUAGCUCCUACCUCUUUCUGACGGAAGAGCUGCCCCCGGAGAAGGGCAGUCUGUGGAAGAGCACCUGAGGGUGCCGUACCCAGCACAUGGCGCCAGGGGCUGUGGGGCUGCAGUCUCAGCUAACCAAGCUGCUUCCCCUGCCCCUGGACUUUUACCCCACACACGCACCAUAUAAAUGAGUUGCCUGCUGCAAAGUAAUUUAUUGCAGCAGCAUUGCUCUGAGCUGUCCCCCCGGCUGGCCUUGUCUCCUGCUUGCACCCAGUUGGGUGGCUGGUUGGGUGGGGAGGUCCUGGUGCUUUGGGUCUGACUCGGGCCCAGCUGGGCCUGGAUCCACCGCUCGCCGCAAGGAACCUAGCGCCUGCUGCUCGGAGUCGCUCUCUCACCUCCACUGCUGGCGGCUUUGGCCGAGUAAGCUGCUGCCUGGAAAUCCCAGCCCGCAGGCAGCCUCUGAGGGCACCUUACCGGGCCCAGCACCCUGGGUCCAGUGGCCAGAUGGAAAGGAUUUGCUCGGAAGAGUUUUUGGUGAAUUAUAAUGCACAGAGGCCCUGUUAUGUGCUGUGUGUAAGAGAGUUCGAUGCCAGUGAAGGUGACGGACUGGCCCUGCCUAACACUGAAUACAAGACAGCGAUGGGCCAGAAUCAGCCUGCGCCCCCAAGUCCUGACCUGCAUGGUCCAUCCACAGCUCUGCCAACUCUGGACUCACGGGCCCUCCGAGCACCAGCAAGGGCUAGGGUUUGCACAGAGAGCUGGGGCCAUCGCCACUGCACGCUCCCGUGUGUCCGACGUCAGCCUGUCAUCUUGUGCCUGCAGCAGCGAAAGACAAGAGUUUGUCUGCGCAUGCUGCAGAGACAAGCUCCCCUAAGCCCUAAAGCCAGGCCAUGCAGCCCUGUAAGACACUGGCCCGGCCCAAGCAGUUCAUAAACUAAAGGUGCCAUGAGCCUGAGGCCAGGAAAUGGCCCCCAACUACUGAGCUGUAUCUGUCAACUGAAAUAAAAUGCAAAUAUUGAAUAA